GUCCCUCUUUUGCAUUCACAGCCUUCACAUAAUAAUUAACCAUGGACUCGCAACAAAUUGUCAAAAGUGAUGUGUCCUCUGCACUCACAACCAAUACAAAAUACAAAUCCAAUGUUGCUCCACCACCACCACAGGAGGUCCUUGAGGAAGAUGAGUAUGUGGAGGCACUGAGUAAGAUCAUUGAACGAGAUUUCUUUCCUGAUCUCGCCAAGCUUAAACGCCAGCACGCCUAUCUAGAAGCAGUUGAGAUGAACGAUAUUCAAAGGAUACAGGCUGCGGCUCGAGACAUUACUGGAAACGAUACACCACUGGGGCAACGAAGAUUAAAGACCCCAGCCCGAACACCUAAAGUGAGGUCUGGGAUGCCAGAUGCAUCUUGGACGCCCGCUCGAAUGGACGCCGAAGCAACACCAACAUGGCGAGAUGAUGCUAGAGUACAUUCAUCUUUAAACACAAUAGAUACACCAAUGAUGGACACACCAGCUGUCCGAACUCUUCGAAAGCAGAAUGCAGAACUCGGUGCUGGCGAUGAUCAAAAGAAGGUCAUAGACACCUCACUAUCACUUGACGAAUUUCAGGCGCGAUACACGAGCGAGGAUAAUGCAUCUUUCAUCGAGAUUGUCGAAAAAAUCAACAGCCAAAAGAGAGAAAAGUACCGUUGGUUGUACGAGCAGGAAAAGAAGCAUCAAAAGCUGAUCGAGGGAGAGAAUAAAUCUGAGCAGAAAUUGCUGCUUCAAAAUGGAGAGACUAAUGCAGAAGCUGCAGACGAUAACUCACAAAGGAGUACAUCAAGCCUCGCGCUUAUUUCAGCGGACAAAAAAUCAGCCACCAUUCCAACAUGGGAAUAUAAGGCAAAGAAUACGCUGAUGUAUUUUCCUGAAGGUCUUGGUACAAAUCUUGAUUUGGGAUCAACGAGGGCUGCGCCAAAGGAGGUUGUUCAUCGUAAUACCGGAUUUCAAGGAAGAGACCUAUUGGUUGUAAAUCAAGCGGCAGCCAAAAAAGCUUCAAGAAUAGAUUCCCUGAAAAUGAACGAUACGGAUUCUCCCAAAGUCCGUGGAUUCAGCUUUGUUUCUUCAACUCCCUCUCCAAGCAUGUCACAAUUAGGUGACGACCCUGAUUUGAUGACGUGGGGGACGAUUGAGGAUGAGCCCUUGCUGAUUAGUUCUGGUGUCACGGAUUCAGGUCCAUCGCCAUUCAAGGUACCACCAACACCUCGGCGUGAACUACUUGCGCAGAAACUUACAGAGAGGGCAUCAAAGCGCAUCAGAGAAACACCUUCUUUGCGAGAUAAAGUAUACACAUCACCAUCAAUGAGCGCACUAUCGCAGUAUCAUAACUCUAUCGGAGGCAGCACACCUACUCCAAAGUUUAACUCACCCUAUCAUGCCGUUGCACGGGGGACUCCUGGGCGCACGCCUGGCUCAUCAAAAUCACGCCCUAUAUUCAAUCGCAUUGCCAGCCCGAAUCCGAGGAUUAGAACUGAGAUGUUGUCACCUGCGGCGCAAAAUUUGCUGCAAAGAGCCAGAGGCAACGGUUCACGCGGUGCAGAUCAGCAGUUAAGAUCAUCCUAUGGCAAUAACAGCCCGAUUGCGAGUGCGGGUCGUCGGCAUGGUUCAGUGACACCAUCACCCUUACAUAGACAGCACUAGUGCUGGAAACGUAAUUUGUAAAUAAUCUUCAAUUUUACCUUAACUUUAAGCUUUUUUUUGUGCUUUUGGUGGGAUUCAAGAAGCCACAACUGCCUACUACUCAAAUCUUGGAUUCUUCUAUCCUUCCUACGCUCCCCACG